UUGACCCCUGUGAUUCCAGGAGCGUACAAGUUUGCUAUCCCUUUGAUAAGUACCUCGUGCUUCUGCGGAUGUUCCGAUAGAACUCAUAGAUGCACUAUCCACGACUAUAGCUACAGGAAGUGCUACGUAGGCUUGCUCUGCUAUCGAACCUAUCAGUCAACGCAUCAUGGUACUGGUUGUGGGAGUAACGAAAGAAGUGAACAAUGCUGUGAAAUUCGUAUUGAUUCAUAUGGAAAUCGGAGUUUUACAGCCGUCAAACUUGGUCAACCCGAAACGUUAGCCGUAUUCAGGUAG